CUGAGACACGCCAGGGGUUAUGGCCGCUCUGCGUUGAGGAACUGGGUGUUUCAGGUGUCGAAGGACGGUCAGAACUGGACAACGCUCUACACUCAUGUAGAUGACUGCAGCCUCAACGAACCCGGGUCGACGGCCACGUGGCCUCUGGACCCAUCCAAAGAGGAGAAGCAGGGCUGGAGACACAUCAGGAUCAAACAAAUGGGGAAGAACGCCAGCGGUCAGACUCACUACCUGUCCCUGUCUGGACUCGAGCUGUACGGCACCGUCACCGCUGUCUGCGAGGACCAGCUCGGUAAAGCUGUGAAGGAAGCGGAGGCCAACCUUCGUCGCCAGCGGCGACUCUUCCGCUCCCAGGUCAUGAAGUACAUUGUUCCUGGGGCGCGGGUCGUCCGCGGAAUUGACUGGAAGUGGCGAGACCAGGAUGGGAACCCAGCUGGAGAGGGCACUGUCACUGGAGAGGCUCACAACGGUAAGACGGUUUCCUUAAAAUAAGAAAUGUGUUGAUUG